CGCUCGAUAGGAGCAGAGGUACCGAGAAUAAUUGUACGUUCCGAGUGUUCGAAGCAACAACAUCUGAGUUCUCCGAGACUUUAUCGUGAUAGUGUUGCUUCAUUCAAAAUACUGUAACUAAAUACUUUCCCCUGCAGCUUCCUGUGUUUUAUCGUUCUAAGGACUAUACUUGCAACGAGUUGUUAGCACUCUGUUCCGCGAGGUUCGAAAAGUGCGAAGUGUUUUGAAAUAGACAUUGUGAAAUGGUGAAUAUGGAAGGAUCGAGCGAACAGCACACGGUGACAGCCUCGCCGCCGCCGAGGGCUGCUUUGAAGAGCAACUUCAGCAUCCGCAACAUCGUGCCCGAGGCUUGUGCCGGUACGCCAGCACCGUCCGAUAACCGUUCUAUGUCACCGGAGAUCAGCCACAUCGAAGAUAGCGACGAUUCCAGUGAUCUGGACGUAAUCGGCGACGGAGGUAAUGAGACGCCGCCUCUGGACUGCUCGAGAAACGCCGCGGGCUCGGGGAAUCCAUCCGAGGCGAAAGACUCGAAGGACAAGCAGGCCGAUGAUAAGAAGAAGACUGAGAAGCCUCCUUACAGCUACAAUGCAUUGAUCAUGAUGGCGAUUCGCCAGAGCCCGGAGAAGCGACUCACUCUGAACGGCAUUUAUGAAUACAUAAUGCGCCAUUUUCCUUAUUACGAAAAUAACAAACAGGGAUGGCAAAAUUCCAUAAGACAUAAUCUGUCUUUGAACAAAUGCUUCGUCAAAGUUCCUCGCCAUUACGACGAUCCGGGUAAAGGCAAUUAUUGGAUGCUCGAUCCGAGUUCCGAGGAUGUGUUCAUCGGCGGAACCACCGGUAAACUUCGCCGAAGAACUACAGCGGCUUCCAGGUCGCGACUAGCUGCAUUUAAGAGGAGCGUCGUCUUGGGAGGAUUGUACCCCACACCCUAUGGACCGCCUGGAUGGCCCGCGUCUCUCUAUACGCUCCCUUAUCUGCAUCGCGCUGCAGCUUAUCCACCAGCGACCGGUGCUUAUUCUACCCCAGCCGGCUACCCGGCGAGUUUAUUACCCGGCGCGGCGAGCAGCUCGGCAAGCAGCCUGCCGUGCAAACCGCAGCCGAUGCCGGCGUCCGCCGCACCGCCGCAACACGGCCCGUUCUCCAUGGAGAGGUUGUUACAACCUCCGACCGCGGCUGGUUACCCAGGUGCUAUCGCGGCGUCUGGGAUUCCUGUCUCCAGCCCAUACGACUUUUAUUCUACUCUGAGGUCGUUAGCCGCUCAUCAGCAGCAUCAGAACACAGUAUUCGCGCAUAAUCAACAGCCAGCCAGGUACCACAUGGCCCAGCCGAAUAUUCUGUGUCCGCAAUCUACCACCACGUCUCCUGGAAGUAGUCCGGAACCGAUGUCGCCUCAUUCGCCACCGAUUAAUAUUUGCAAUGCGGGGCAACAGCCGAGAUCUCUUCCGCAUAGUCCCCCGCAAUUGCUGUUGAAACCGAUCACCGUUCUUACUGGGAGGCAAAGCUGAACGAUCGCGCUAGGUUAUUAGUCGUUUAUUCAUCGAGCGUUGUUCAUCGAGUAAUUCUAGAAGGAAGGAGGAUGCUGACGAUCUAAAGGUUACGAGGAAAAGUUAUCGAUUUCCUCCGGACUGCAUUGCGUUCCCGCUUUACGUCCAGAUGUUAUCGGAAGCUUGUUCCAGUUAAUCAACAGUGAUAUUGUAUGUAAAUAAUUUCUUUCCUUUUUCGCGCCGAGUUUUGUAAAUAUUAGCGUAAUUAUAGAAUAGAUUUACUUAAACAUGUAAACCUCGGUGUUAAAAUCGCUCGAACCGUGCUAUGCCAUACCAAAACGAUAUUUCUGCCGGAUUUACGGUUCCUGAUGGAGCCUCGGCCGCGAUUAUGUGAUCAUUUAAAUUGUAGAAGAAUAUAUAAUAUAAUGCCAUUGUAAAUAGUCUCUCAAAGACUCGUUUAGAUGAUCUCCCGUCGUCAGUCAUCGAAGACCGCGAUGUCGUCGAGUUUGAAUUUUAUAUGUUUUAAUCCUAAACAGCGCGACCGUACUGUUUAGAUUUCAUGUCGAACGAUCUCUGUAUAUUUUAAUGCUACGUAUGACAACUACGUAUACAAUUGAUUAACCUUCUCCGACAUAACAAAAAGCGAACGCUAUUGCUUCGCUUGGCUCUCUUAGCACUUAAGACAAGCAUUGCGCUGUUCGGCAUUUUUCGAUCAAUUUUUUUUCAAUGAUCCCUCGGGAUUCAAACGGUCAAUCGGCAGGAAGUAUGUGUUGUCUUUCGAUUUUUAUUGACGCACUGCAAAAAUCAAGACUAUUGGAUCGUGGACUUCGAGAUAUGUCGAUUUGUUAAAUUAUGUAAAUAGUUGAUAAUUGUUAUCCAUAACGUAUAGACACGGUAUAUGUAUAUAUGUAUAUGUACGUCGGGAAAUCGUGAGUACGCGUGAUCAACGUCUGUAUGAUCGUUGAAAUAAAUGUUCAAAAUUUUUUUUAAAACA